GGACAGAGGAUAACUGCAGGCUGCUUUUGUAAAAUCAAAUCCAAGUUUUGUCAUUCGAACAAUCCUUGUUCCCCUUCAUAUCCAAAUCCAAAUUUUCUUUCAUCCGAAAGGAAACUAUCCAUAGUUCCAAGCUCUGAUAUAAACAGUUUCAGUACGUAAAUCUCAAAUUCUUCGGUUUCUACGAGUGCCUUGCCGUAUUCAGGCUCAGAAGCAUCGAUGGAUUCAAUGAGAGGACAAGGUGGCAUUCAGAUGCUACUCACUGCUGAACAGGAAGCCCAACAAAUUGUGUAUGCUGCUAGAAAUGUUAAAAUGACAAGGUUGAGGCAAGCAAAGGAAGAAGCUGAGAUGGAAGUGACAAAUUAUCGUUCCCAUCUAGAAGCUGAGUACAAGCAGAAACUAUCUGAGACCAGCGGAAAUUCAGACUCAACCGAAAAGAGGCUUGAGGUAGAAACCGAGCAAAAGAUUCAGCAUUUGAAGAAAGCAGCCUCCGAAGUAUCUCCUGAUGUUAUUGCAAUGCUCACAAAGUACAUCACCACUAUUAAAACUUGAUUGAUGAUGUCAAAGAAAAAUCGAAGCAAAAUUUUACUGACUUCCCCUCAACGGGAAAGUUUAUCCCCCAAUCAAAAAGAGGCCAUGAAAAGUUACUUCCACAUUUGAUUUUCAUUUUCCACUCCUUUUUAUUCUGUUACCACAUUCCAAAUGAAGGAUUAUAGCUUUUACGUUAUAAAAUUUCGUGGUAACUUCAAGUCAUAUAUGUUACGGACAACAUUUAAUUUU